AUGGACUACGAUUUAACAAGAGUUGAUUAUAUUCUUUGUGGUAUAACAUAUCCCGACACAUUAAAAAUUUUGCCUAAUCCUGGUCACAAAACACAACAAAAGUUUGCUGUUGGAGAUAAAAAUGGUGUCUUACAGUGUCUGUGUAUUAAAGAUGAGGAGCCCGUUGUCCAAUUUAAAACUUUGCCAGGCAAAUCAAUAACUUCAGUACAAGUUGCAUUAACAAACGGAAACCACAUUGAUAAGAUUUUUGCAGCAUCUGGCAAUGAAGUCAAGGGUUACACAAGAAAGGGCAAAGUAUUCUUGGCCAUCGAAACUUCUGUAUCAGAAACUAUAACAUCAAUGUGCAUUUUGGGGAGCGAUCUGGUACUUUGUAGCGGAUGCACCGUUACGCAUUACAGGGACUUGCGGGAAAUUUACUCAUACAUUUGUGAUGACCGAGUGCUAGACAUUGCUGCUUUCUCUACUCCAAAUAGUACGCGAGUACGUCUUCUUGUGCUAAUUGCAAACAAAGGAGCUGUGAUUAUAGAAAACGGCGAGCUUCUAGCCCGUACUCAAAUAAGUUCCGGACCAUUGCGUCUCACCGUGCCGCCUACGCAUCGCUCUACAGAAGUUUGUGUGUUCUAUGGCGCAGCUAAUGGUUCGAUUGGUCUCAUUCAGUAUGAAACUGAGUUAUCAAGUAAAUGCCUCGUGGAAGAUCGAGGUCUGGGUUCAGUUGUUUGCGUCGGUUGGUACUUCAGUAAUAAUGGCGCCCAUUUGGCAGUCGGCCGCCACGAUGGCUCUGUACAGCUUUACCUUGUCGACUUGGAAAAUAUUACUGAGAAACCACGACUGAAGUACACCUAUUUUUGUGGUGAACCAGUUACAUCGGUGUGCGGCGGCUGCGUGGGUUCGGACGAAAGUGAAUUAUUGGUAUCUACAUUCUCAGGCAGAAUUUUCGCUCUACGCUCUCAGCGGCUGAUAUCUGGUAGUGUGUCCUUUAAUAACAUGACUCCUGAUGCCCUUACUUCCAGAAGAAAUAAGCUCGAAUUAGAAGUAGCACGCUUGGAAAAACAGACUGCUAAUGAACGUGAAAAAUAUCAGCGUAAUACGCGUUCCUUACAAGCGGGACUGUCUACACCACCGUUAUUGGAUAUACAGUAUGAGUUAACAGAAGCGUUACUUAAUGGCUGCCAAGAAGUGGUUAUCACUGCAGGUGUUCCUUUGGACAUGCUUUUUAUUUACUGUAACAAGCAACUGAAUGUGCAGACUGACAGCGCCGCUGUUUUAAGCAUUUGCCCUCCACAGGGUCAAACAACAGAAAUGCUCGCUACGGUGAGAUGUCAAGCUGGUACAAGGCGUAUUUGGUUGCAAAUGUGUAGCAGACCAGGCUGCUCAGCAAUGGAAAUGGCUGAAUCUACACAAGUAUUAAUUUACGUACUACCAGCGAGCGCACCGAGAGUCGCCCGCCUUAUAAAAAUCAUACUGCCGGCUUUGCCGCAAUAUUCCCAAUACGAAGACCUAGUUAGUGACAAUAACAGAGUGUGGUGCGAAUUGCGAGUGUCUGGUGGAUUCUCUGUGGCAGAAAUGACUUCGUGGUUAAGCGAGGCAUUGCCAGGCGACUUGCCGAGGCCAGCUGCCAACAUUUCAUUCGCCCGGUUGCAUUCCUUUCUGAAGACGGUCCUACUGUGUCAAUAUGAGCGUGGAUCAGCCGUGUUUAAGUCCGAUAACAUUACAACAAUAGCAAUCCUUAAAGACGUUUUAUCCAACUGUUCUAUGAAGAGAGGUAUACGUGUUGAUAUGUCAUGUGAUAUUCCACAAGUUAGUUGUUCUAUGUUAUUUAAAUAUUUGAAGAGUGACUUUGUAACGGAAUAUCAAAGAAGUAAAGAUCGCGUUUUGAAGAAAGCCAUUGGAGCACUGGAUUUGGACGUUAAUAACGUAAACGACGCAUCUGAACCAACACUAUGUGAAGAAUACCAACGCAUUAUGAAGUCAUCGGUUGACGAUACUAAAAGUAAACUACACUUCGAUGAUUUAGUUGUGAUCGUGGAACAAUGGUAUAUGGACUUUUGUAGAUUAUCUUUAUACGGCAGAGAUUAUAAUAGUCAAAGGCUACGCCUAAAGGCUGCAUUACAAAAUUGCGAAGUAGAGGAAGUCGAAAACAUACUUACAAAUAAUAACAAUUCUCAAAUCGAUUUUGAGUAUUGA